AUCACUGUACUGCAUUCAUUGUCUGAUAAGGAUCAAAAUUCAACAGACACAAAAUGACACAUGACAUUUCCAAGAAAAUGUCGUAUUAAAAACUCCCACAAUGGCCCCCACUCAUGCUUGUAUACCAGAUUAAAGAUACAGGAGGAUAAAGCUGGUGUAGAAAAAUACGGAUAAAAUGAUGAGAAUAAUAAAGAUUGACAGUCCAAUUAAUUGAUUGGUGGCAGCAGAGUCCAGUGUCCAGAGUCCAGAGCCGAGUCCCCCUUAGAUUCCCACCUCUGAAAAAGUUUUUUCCCAAACAGUCUCCAACCCACCGCAGGACUCUCUCUUCGUCACUUCGCCCCGCUAUUAAUUAGUUAAUUACCACUACCACACGCACUUCACGCACUGAUAACCACAGAAUCCACCUAAAACCCUAAUUCUGUGAAAGCUCUGCUUUUUUUUUUUCUGUGAAUGGCUAAAAAGGAGGAUAUUCCGCCGGACGAAAUCCGGUGCCGGAGAACGGACGGUCGGCAAUGGAGGUGUACUCGGAAAGUAGUAGAAGGGAAAAAGCUCUGUCAUAUUCACUAUCUCCAGGGCCGGAGAAGGCAGCUGAAGCAGAAAGUUCCGGAGUCGCUGAAAUUGGAGAGGAAAAGCAAGAAAAUUAGUAAGAAAGAUGGGGAGAAAAUCAGGGCUUGUUCGUCAAGAUCAUCGUCCAGGAGGAUAGUGAAAAUGGCGUUGGCGGCUGCCGUGAAGAAGAAGCAGAAGAAACGGUGCGUUUCUGAGGUUUUGGAUGAGGCGUUGAGGAGGAUGAAAUUGAAGAGAGGUGAUUUGCAUUUGGAGUUGAUCAGGGAGUUCUUGAAGAGGCAAGUAGAGAAGAAAAGGUUGAAGAAGAAGAAUGAGGAGGAGGAGGAGAAGGAGAAUGAGUGGAGUGGGGAGACUGAGUUGACUCGCGAGUUGCCAAAUGGCAUAAUGGCGAUUUCGCAGAAGAAUUCCGACAAUGCUGGUGGCCAUGAUGCUGUUGAUGUGAAAAUUGGAGAAAAUUCGUGCUCGGGAUGGAACACACAGAGGAGUUUUCGGUCCAAGAAUAUUGAACCCGUACCAUUGAGUACAAUGCAGGUUGUACCAUCUGUGAAUGAUUUGAGGAGAGUGAAGAAAUGCCAUUGGUGUAGGAGGAGUAUUGGUUGUAAUUUGAUCAAGUGUUUGAAAUGUAGGAAGCAACUCUUUUGUUGGGAUUGUGUUAAGGAAAGAUACUUGGAGAAGAAAGAGAUUAAGGUGGCGUGCCCUGUUUGUCGUGAAACUUGUAGCUGUAUGAUCUGCCUAAAACGUCGAUCGAAGGAAAUGAGUCAUAAGGAGUUUUAUAGGGAUAAAAGGAAAAUUGCGAAAAUCCAACUACUUCAUUAUCUCAUUUCCUUGCUUCUUCCUGUUCUCAAACAAAUUAACCGAGAACAGAACAUGGAGCUUGAGAUGGAGGCCAUGAUUACAGGAGAAGUACCAUCCAAUAUCCAGAUUCAGCAGUCAGAGAUGGGAAACAAGAAGUUAUGUCGCUGCAACAAUUGCAGAACUUCAAUUGUGGAUUACCAUAGAAGCUGUGCGAACUGCUCGUAUAAUCUCUGCUUAAGUUGUUGCUGGGAAUUUUGUCGAGGAAAUUUAUAUGAGAAAUUUUGUUCCAAAGGUUGCAAUGGUAGGGAAAUUCAUCGGUCUGCUGGUGAGCUGCGAUUGAAGAUAAAUCACAUUAGCACUUCUUGCAUAAGUUCUUGCAAGGCGCCCCUUUUGUCUCCGAUGUCACUGAAGAGCUUGAAAGCUUGUUCUGAUGGUAGCGUAUUUUGUCCUCCAGUGGAUUUUGGUGGAUGUGGUGAGAGAAACCUUGAUUUAAGAUGCAUUUUUCCCUUAAGGUGGAUGAAAGAGCUGGAAGCAGGAGCAGAAGAGGUGCUUCAGUGCCAUGACUUUCCAGAAACUGCAGUUGUGUGUUCUUGUGACUCAUUGUGCAAGGGAACUGAGGACAAAGUUGAAAUUCAGCCACUGCAAAAGUUGGCUAAGAGAGUAGAAUCCAAUGAUAAUUUCAUCUAUUAUCCCACUUUAAGUGAUUUAAACAAAGAGAAACUUGGACAUUUCCAGCUGCACUGGGCUAAAGGUCAUCCUGUUAUAGUGCGAAAUGUUAUUCGAAGAACAUCAGUUCUGAACUGGGAUCCAGUUGUGAUGUUCUCCACUUACCUUGAAAGAACAAUUUCUAAGUCUCAAAAUAAGAAGGAAGUGAUUGAUGGAGCUACUUGCUUGGACUGGUGUGAGGUAGAAACUUCUGCCAAACAGAUAUUCAUGGGGUCAAUGGUGGAUGGCACACAUUUAAAUGUGCAGCAUCAGACCCUGAAAAUUAAAGCCUGGCUUUCUUCUAGCGUAUUUCAAGAGCAAUUCCCUUCUCAUUAUGCUGAGAUCUUGCAUGUUUUACCGCUUCAGGAGUAUCUAAAUCCAAUUUCUGGCCAUCUGAAUAUAGCACUCAAGUUGCCAGAAGAAGCGGCGAAACCUGAAAUUGGUCCUUGUAUUCAUAUUUCAUGUGGUGGUCUGGAGGACUUCAUGAAUGCUGAUUUUUUGACAAAACUCUGCUUUGACUCAAAUGAUGUGGUUAAUGUUCUUGCAUGUGUUACGGAUGUUCCAAUCACCAGAGAACAGUUCAAAAAUAUUCAAACAUUGAUGAAGAAGUACAAGGGUCAAGACCAUUCGCAAUCAAGCAGAAAGAACAAUAAUCGAGGUCAUUUGCCUUCCAGCAGUAAUUCUACCGAAGUAAAAGGAAAAUCAUCUUUACACAGCGAAGAAAGUCAAGAAUCAGGCUUGCAAGAUAUGAUGGAAGAAAGGUUAAGCUUACCUAAUGGAAUUGCGAAAGUGCCUCUUUUCACUGGCAAUUCAAUUAAAGGACAAAUAUCAUGCUUUGAAAAUGGGAAUAUACCCUUUGAUUCUGAAAAUGAGUCUGAAUUUGAUUCUGAGUCCUCAAUGCUUUGUUCUGGAAACAUUCAAGGAUUGGAAGAUUCAGAUGAUGAGACUUUCUUUAGGGAUAUCGAGAGCUCAAGUUCUUCCUGCGAGAAACAAACAGCCAAUCCAUCUGGUGCUCAAUGGGACAUUUUCCGUAGACAAGACGUCCCAAAACUUCUAGAAUACCUCAGACAGCAUUCUGAUGAAUUAAGUUCUGCAUACUGCUAUGGUGGACAUGUGGUUCAUCCAAUUCUGGAUCAAAGUUUCUUCCUCGAUGCAUAUCACAAGAUGAAGCUUAAGGAGGAAUUUGGUGUUCAGCCAUGGACCUUUGAGCAACACCUAGGAGAAGCUAUCAUGAUUCCAGCAGGAUGUCCAUAUCAAAUUAGAAAACUAAAGCCAUGUGUCAAUGUAGUCCUAGACUUCAUCUCACCGGAAAAUACAACUGAAUGCAUUCGUUUAACUGAUGAAAUCCGUCUUCUCCCACUGCGCCAUAGAGCCAGAGGAAAAGUGUUGGAGGUUAGGAAGAUGACAGCAUAUGGAAUCAGCAGUGCAAUUGAAGAAAUCCAAAAGCUAAUGUGCACAGAUUGUUUGCUGACCCUGUUGAGUCCAGGACCGGUGGCAAGCUUGCUGAGUGAUGAUGUACAAAGGGUAGCAACUAUACUUUAAGCAGCUUCUUGUCCGAAGAUAGGAGCUUUCUUUUUGAUAACUAAUGGCCUUGUCUUGCUACAAAGCUUGUAACGCUGAAGGUCACCACAUCAGUUAAUUGAUGGCCUACAGUUAAGCAAGGGUCUUAUGCCACCAAACUUUCAGAUUGUAAAGUGGUAGUAGUCCUUUGCUGAACGAAACACUUCGUAUCUGAGUCUUUGCCUUACAUUUCUUACUUCUUUUCAUCUGUUUUGAGUUGGCAUAUACGUCAUAAUUUUUCUUUAUUACUUGCAGUUAUGUGUAACCUUUUGGGGUGCUUCGCUAGCUUGAUAAGGCAAAGGUUGAUUGCAUAUCAACUGGGAGGUAUUUGACAUUCAAUUAGAGCUAGAGCUUUGAGCUUCACAGAGACAUUUGGCUGCCCCGUUUCUCUAAAGGAGGCUGUGAUUUGAUUCCCUGAUGGUUCAGGAUAAUUGUGCCUGUGUUCUUAGUAUGGGUGCAGAUGGGGGGAUAUAAGCAAAACUCGAGAGAGAGCUUAAUCGGUGAUAAAGGAGGUUUUGAUUGAGAGAAGACUAAUUUGUUCUGCGCUCUUUCCCAAAAUCUCCUUUUGAGUGAGAUAAAUGAUCCGCAUCUUCAAUUAAUAUACCGCGAGUUGAUGCCCGAUAUUGAAUUGUACAUAAUCCACGAUUAUUUUCUUUAUUUUUUCGAAAUAUGUAAUUUUGGAAGUAUAAAUGAAAACUCAGUCAAAAUGAAAUUUAGCUUAUUUUCCGACGCAA